UCCCUUCCCGGAGAACAGCCCCUCUGAACCAUUUGCUAAAAUAGCUUUUGUGUUCUAGGGAAUCACCUCUGACCCAUAUUACUACACACCAAAGCAACUGAAAUACGACACAUCACAUCUGUUACUCUCAUUUCCACACAUGUACAGUAAAAUUCCAGCUUCUUGGUUCAAUCAGAAGCUUAAACCGUGUGAAAGUGACACAUCACGCUCCGGGAUAAACCUCAAGUAUGGCUGCAAACUACAGUGGAACCUGGGACAUGGUGGACAGUGAGAACUUGGAAGGUUACAUGGUGGCCCUUGGAAUUGAUUUUGCCACACGAAAAAUAGCGGGCAUGCUCAAGCCCCAGAAAAUUAUUGAGCAAGACGGAGACUCCUUCACCAUUAAAACUUUAACAACUUUCCGAAACUACUCCUGCUCAUUCAAAAUCGGUGAAGAGUUUGAGGAAGUCACCAAAGGCCUGGACAAUAGAAAAUGUCAGACGACAGUCAACUGGGAUAACGACAAACUUGUGUGUGUGCAAAAAGGUGAAAAAAAGAAACGAGGAUGGACACAUUGGAUAGAAGGAGAUAAUCUAUACCUUGAAAUGAAAUGUGAAGAUCAGACCUGCAAACAAACAUACAAAAGAACUGCUUGAUACACAACUAUUCUGAUGAAUUAUCUUGAAUAGCCAACAAUGAGUGUUCGUAGUGAUGAUAUAACACAUGAAACAUUUUUCAUUUUUAUUAAAAUGUAAUAAAUAGGACCAUUUAAGCAUUUCUCUUAUUAUAGAUUUCUACAUUGCAACAUUCCUCAAAACUUAUCUGACAAGAUUUUAGGUUUGCAUAUUAGUUUUCAGAAAUGUUGGAACUUACGGAUUGCUUCUUACUAAUAAAGUUAUAUGUUUUCUUAAUAAAGUUUAUUAAUAAAGCACCUUUUUAAAAUAUGUUCCUUAAUUAAGCACCUUUUAAAAAUGUUUCUUCGGCAUUGUUUUAAUGGAUGUUUAUACAUAUAUAUGAAAUAAACAUUUCAGGGCGGUUUCGUCCUA